CAGAUUUCGAUUUGAAUCAGAUAAAACCUGGCCUAGAAACUCAUGUGAAAAUAAUGGAAAUGGUAGAAAGGGGAGAAUUGUCCCUCGUAACUAUGACGAAAGACGAAAAGGGUAGAUUCAAAAAUGAAUACAGUAAAUUAUGUGCUGAAAAUACAGAUUUAACAAAGAGAUUGAAAGAUUUCGACAGAACUGUUCAAGAACGCGACGAUUUGAGAAAACAGGUCAAUGUUCUUGUCGAAAAUUGUUUGCAAAUGGAAAGUGAUAUAAGGAAAUUGCGCAAAAAUAAUAGAACUGAGGAAUUGUUAAAAGAAUUGAUGGAAACUUCUACUCACAAAGAUCAACUGAGAAUGCAGCUUGAUAAAAUUGUGAAAGAUAGUCCAGCAGUAUUAAGAGUUUGUGGAGAAUCGAUUACAAAAAUUGUUCAUGAGAGAGAUCAACUACGACUGAAAUUAACUGAGUACCUCUCCAUGGAAGAAGACAUAAAACUUUUGAAACUCAGAGCUUCUCAAGCAGAAACUCAUCGAAAGGAAGCUGAAAAAUUAAAAUCUAGUUUUUCAGAAUUAGAAGAAAUAAAAGCAUCAUACAUGGCUCUCGUAGACAAAAAUGGACAAAAUCUUGACCUCGUGAGUCCUUCAGAUCGAGAAAAAUAUAGAAACAUUUGCCAGGAGUUAAAUUAUUUAAAGCAAGUCGAAAUUCAAAAACAAAGUCUCGCUGCAGAGAAUUUAAUCUACAGACAGACACUGGAUAGACAAGAAAUAGAAAUUAAAGAACUUCUCGAGAUAAUAGAUAGACUGAAUUUAAAUUUAAAAACAUACAAAGUAGACCAAAAAAAUCCAGUAGAAGGUCUGCCAGAAGGUCCAGAUAUUCGAAAUUUUUUAUCGCACGAAGAGAAGAACAAAGUCGAAAAAAUUAGGGAAAGAAUUCUCGAUGCGACUCAAAAACCGACAAGAAUAAAAAUUCAAGUCCUUCGAAAACCAACUAGAAAUUCUGGAGGACUCAGUAUUCUAUUAGAUAUAUUAAAAUAUCUUGGAUUCUUUUUGCGCAGAGAGAAGUCUUCACGUGUGUAAAUAAAAAGACUUUAAUAAAUACAAAAAAAAA